AUGGCGUGGCAGAAAGUGCAGAAGAGGGCGUUUCACAAUGUGGUGGCUAGGUGGGAUAUUUUUCCAUAUGGUGGUAUGCAGGUAGAGGAUGGGGAGGUUGUCUCAUCGUUUUAUUUUUCGAAGAUUCUGGACAGAAGCAGGGCAGUGGACUUGUUUAACCUGUUCAGCUGUGUAGGGGAUACAGUGGAGGUGGUGAUACCUCCUAAGCGCAACAAAUUCGGUAAUCGUUUCGGGUUCGCGAGAUUUAAAGGAGUAAACGAUGAGAAACUUCUGGCUAUAAAACUUGACAACAUCAUUAUCGAUGGGAACAAGAUUCAUGUGAAUCAACCCAGAUUCGGUAGAGGCAGAAUAGAUGUAGGGAACAACAAUUCUGUAAAGGAGAACCAGACAAGGGGAGGACGUAAGGAGGAGUAUAAGGGGGGUUUUAUCAGAAGAGUGGGGAUUUCUAAGUCUUUUGUAGAUAUCGUUCAAGGAAACAACAAUUCUAUGGAGGACAAGGCUGACACACCUGCGUUAUGUUUCAAGUCUUCAUCUGAUGGUUUGGAUAGAUGGAAGAAGGCUUAUAUUGGUGAGGUGCUUUUUUCAGGCGAGUCAUAUAACAUACAAAUGCAUAUGGAGAUGGAAGGCUUUUUCUCCAUAAAAGUUCAUCCAAUGGGCGCGAACCUCUGCUUGUUGGAAGAGAUGGAGGAAGGUAUAAUCAAGGAACUCUUAGAUGAAGGUAAAUGGUGGUGGAAACAAUGGUUCAAGAACAUUAGACCAUGGCACACAAACGAUGUUGAUUCGGAGAGGGUUAUGUGGGUGAGGCUGUAUGGGGUGCCAUGCCAUGCUUGGUGCAGUGAGUUUUUUGAGAAAAUUGCAAACCUUUUAGGGAAUUUCGUGUGCGUAGAUGAGAACACAAGCGCAGCCGCUAAUCUGGAUAUUGCUAGGGUAAUGGUUAGGGUUCCUUUUAAUUUUGUUUUAAAGGAACAGUUAGUGGUUUCAGUUGAUGGAGAAAUUUUUUCUUUGGUGCUCCGUGAAGACACUUAUGGCCCAGUUAGGUUAUUGGAGAAGAAAACAGAAAUUCUCAACGGCGAAUCUAACUAUUCUUCCGAAUUCGAUGUGGACUCCAAUGAGGUUAAUGAGUUUCAAGAAGAGAUGGAACAUCAAGAUGGGCUUGAAGUUCAGGGGGCGGCGAAGAGUUGUGUGCGGUGGGGGAAAACCGGUCCGGCGAAGCGAACAAUUCUUUAA